AUGGACUGGUCAUUCGUCCCUAAUGGAAGGAAAUUGUUACGGUACGGAUCGGGACUGGAAAACGACGUGUAUUCUGAAGGCCUGACUGAACGACCAGGAGGAGAACCCGUACCCGAUAAAAGGAGAGAGGACCAUGCCGACCAUCAUCAUGGAGAUGGCGCUGGCCCGAGUGUCCACGCAGUUCGCGAGCGCGCGAGGGCGAGCGAAGGGAAAGAACUAUAUGACGUGGAAACCGAGAAAGGCAGGAUUGAGCGGGCUGCUGCAAGCAAGCGACGACGAGGAGAUACAGGAUGUGCUUCCGGCAAAACAAGCGAUGACGAAAGGAACGAUGACGCGAGCGACGGGAAGAGCAACAAUGUGGUCAAUGGAAAGACCGAUGGUACGAACGACGGUGAAGAUGAGAACGAAGACGAGGACGAGGACGAGUAUGUCGACGAAAAUGGUUUCGGGAACGAAGACGAAGACGAAGGCAAGAACGAAGACGAAAGUGAAGAAGAGAAUGAAGACCAGAAUGAACACGAGAAUGAAGACGAGAACGAUGGCGAGAGCGAAGACGAGAACUUAGACCAGAAUGAAGAGGAAAGUGAGGACGAGAACAAAGACGAGGACGAAGACGAGAACGAAGUCAAGAAUGAAGACGAGAACGGAGACGAUAAUGAAGACGAGGAUGAAGGCGAGAGCGAGAACGAGAACGAAAACGAGAACGAAGGCGAGAGUGAAUAUCACGAGGACAAGGACGAGGCCAAGGACGAAGGAAGCGCGGCUGGGGGCGAGGGCGAAGAUUUGGAGGAGGGCGAUGGUGCGGGCGACGGGAAUGAGCCACAGCGAAGACGAACAUAG